AUUUAUUAUUUGUUACAGAAAAUGGACUGCCCCGACGGUUGCGAACAGCUUACACUAAUACUCAACUUUUGGAGCUGGAAAAAGAAUUUCAUUUCAACAAGUACUUGUGUCGGCCGAGGCGAAUUGAAAUAGCCGCUUCGCUUGACCUCACUGAGAGACAGGUGAAGGUUUGGUUUCAAAACAGAAGAAUGAAGCACAAACGACAAACGUUAAGCAAGAGUGAAGAUGGCGACGAUAAAGAUUCAACUACUUCUGAGGGCGGGAAAAGUUCCAAAACCAGACUUGAUAAAUUCCUUGACGAUGAUCCCAUUGUCAGGGAAAAGAGCUGUCAAGGUUGCGAACUUCCACCAGGAGCACUUUGCUCACCAGCAGAAGACUUGCCAGAGCUCGCUUCGCGUACUAGAAACAAUAAUACUCCCAGUGCUACAAACAAUAAUAGUUUUGCGAGUGAUGGCGCAUCCAGUGUUACAUCAUCCUCGUCUCUCGACAAGUUAGCGGAAGAAGAUUCCCGCGAUGAUCAACCUCCUGUCGCUACAGUUGGAACUGCACCAAGAAACUUCGCAAAAAGGAUCAAACAGGAAUCAAGGAAGCGAUCGCCCUCGUUAGAUGCGACGACAUCUAAAGUCUCUCCCUCUUCAUCUAAAGAUGGAUUAGGACCAGUUGCAGGUAUUUCUGAUGGCACUAAAUUUUCUUCCGUCAGUUUAACACCGUCAUCCACGCCAGGGACGCCUUCGAGUAUGCACCCGAGUCCACUAGGACAUUAUCCGCGUCCGUCACCACCUAACGUUCCGCCAGGUCCCCCUCAUCCUCAAGCCGUGCCCAAUGCCAUGCCACCCUACGUUAUACGGGGUAACGCGCCUCCCGGCCAGUUUGUGCCUCAUCCCGAUUUCCGGAUGGACUCGAAGCAAUUUGUAGGUAAAUUGGCCCAAUAUCCACAAGGAAACAGGAGUUAUGAAAGUUACGGCCCAGGAAUACAGAGUGCUGAUCAACACAGUUACAGCCGGACCCAACAACAUGCAAGACAAGAGGGAUCUCCAACUGCUAGACCGGUUAACGGUAUAGGUUCAAGACAGGCUUACCCGCACGAAAUGUAUCAGAAUUACGGCUAUCCUACAUACGGCAAGGAACAGGCGGCAUAUGGCAACCCCGGGUAUGAUCAAUCGCAAGGAUACGCGGGCGAGCAUAUGGCGUACGCGAACAGCCACUACGGCUAUCAUUACCAUGAAGGUGGACAGCAUGAACACGCCCAUGCCUAUUACGCGAACGAUGGGCAGAAGAAUGCGCAUAGCAAUGAAUACACGAAGAACGCUUAUUAUGAUGCGAGUGCUUAUGGGACACAGCACGCGGCGACGGCGACGGCACCAGGGUACGGGCCGAACGGAGCUCAGGGGAACACGUCGGGCGAGCCGUACGCGGGUGAGUGCGCCGACGGAUACAGCUCGUUCCAGCAGUUUUACGAGGCGACGCACGCCACGCCCGCCGGUGAUAACUCCAACUCUUCCUCCGAUUUCCACUUCCUCAGCAACUUGGCUAACGACUUUGCACCUGAGUACUAUACCAUUUGAGAUAAGGACUUCGCCGAGCAGGCGAGUGAUCUGUUCGUGUAACUGUAUUGUUUCUUAUUAUUAUAGUGAAUCAAAGAUAAAAUGGGUUGCAGUGAUGGAAAUAAAUUGUAUGCGCCCAAGGCGACGAGGAAUAUUGCUAAUAAUAUCUUUGUAUCGAUCUAAGUUAAAUUUCUACUAUAAGUACAUCAACAAUAGUAUUAAACGAAUAUGUAAUAAAAUGUAAAUAGAUACUUUAGGUUUUAUUUUGAAUACGUAAAUAAGUAAGUAAUUAUUAAACUUUAACACAGAAAUAAAAGAUGUUAGGUGCUGAUAAUAAAUUGAACAGUAUGAACACACUAUACCUAAACUGUAAACUAUUUUUAAAUAAUGCAGCGCUAGUCUGCAUAUGGUAUUAAAUAUAAAUGUUGGUAAAACAAUGAAAAAAAAAAAAUGUUUGAACAUCACAUAUAAACUUCUUCCAAAUUGCAAAAAUCAUUGCAUAUUUCACGGCUACACCAUUUAAUUGUAUGUAUAAUUUUGAAAUCAAAUUGGUAUCAUUGUAAAUGUCUGAUUGCAUUAACCUUAUAUAAAAGUUGUACUCACUGUAUCCAAAAACCUUUUCACGUGUUCAUUGUAAGAUAUUGGAUUGAAUUAAAAAUUUGAUUUAUGACUUAUUAUUAGAAAAUCAUUUACGUACUAAGGAAUAGUCGUUGCCUUAUUUAGUUAAUACAUAAUUAUUAUUUUGUGACUAUAUGACAUAUUGUAGAUACUUUAUAAAAUAGCUUACAAUAAGUCAUCGUUAUUGUAGAUAUCAAUGCUAUCAUUUUGGCCUAUUAAAAAAAUAAAUCAUUUGGUGUCACAA